CGGUAAUUAGGCUUUUGAACCAGAGAUGAGAUUCUUUGUCUCAGCUCUCUUCUUUCUUGUCAUCUUUUCAUAUGCAGAUGCAUUUGAUCCCUUGGAUCCAAAUGGAAACAUAACAAUAAAAUGGGAUAUCAUGUCUUGGACACCAGAUGGCUAUGUGGCAGUUGUGACUCUGAACAACUUUCAAAUGUAUCGGCACAUCAUGAGCCCGGGGUGGACUUUAGGAUGGACAUGGGCUAGAAGAGAAGUGAUAUGGUCUGCGGUGGGAGCUCAAGCCACGGAGCAAGGUGACUGCUCUAGGUUCAAAGGGAACAUACCUCAUUGCUGCAAGAGAAACCCCACAUUUGUGGACUUGCUUCCUAGUGUUCCUUACAACCAGCAAUUCACAAAUUGUUGCAAAGGUGGAGUGCUAGGUGCAUGGGGCCAAGACCCCUCAGCUGCUGUCUCCGCCUUCCAGCUCAGUGUUGGAUCAGCUGGCACUUCAAACAGGACAGUGAAGCUUCCCAGGAACUUCACUUUGCUAGGCCCAGGACCAGGACACACCUGUGGCAGGGCAAGAGUUGUGCCUCCCACAAUUUUCUUGACACCUGAUCGACGCCGAAAGACUCAGGCGUUGAUGACCUGGAAUGUGACCUGCACUUACUCACAAAUUCUGGCCAGAAAAUACCCAAGCUGUUGUGUAUCUCUCUCAUCUUUCUACAAUGACACAGUUGUUCCUUGUCCACCCUGUACUUGUGGUUGCCAAACCAAGGACAAUUGUGUCAAAAGUGACUCCAAAAUUCUGAGCAUGGUUGGAGUUAACACUCCGAAGAAAGACAAUAAGCCGCUGCUGCAGUGCACAAGGCACAUGUGCCCGGUUAGAGUGCACUGGCAUGUGCAGCGUAACUAUAAGGAUUAUUGGCGAGUGAAGGUUUCGAUCACAAACUUCAACUAUCGGAUGAACUACACGCUUUGGACUCUGGUUGUUCAGCAUCCUAAUCUCAACAAUGUCACACAAGUGUUCAGCUUUGAUUACAAGCCUCUUGUUCCUUACGAGUCUAUAAAUGACACUGGUAUGUUCUAUGGCUUGAAAUUCUUCAACGACCAAUUAAUGGAAGCCGGGCCAUUUGGGAAUGUUCAGUCGGAGAUGCUGCUUCGAAAGGACAAGAACACAUUCACUUUGAAAGAAGGGUGGGCAUUUCCUCACAAAGUCUACUUCAAUGGUGAUGAGUGCCAGUUGCCCCCUCCUGAUGCCUACCCCUUUCUGCCCAACUCUGCCUAUCAAAAUCUACUUUCCUUCUCAACAUUCAUUUCAUCAUUCAUUUUCUUCUUGAUAGCCAUUUGGUGA